ACUUUUCCCACAAUACGUCGCCGUUUAUAGCUCACCUUCGGCUUUAAGCUCUUCGACUGUUGAGACUUCACGGUAAAAACCCAGAAGGUUCCCACGUAAAAUCCCUAAUUCCCAAUAUUUCAGAUUCUCCAAUCCCUCUCUCUCUCUCUCUCUCUCUCUCUCUCUCUUUCGCGCUUGGAGAACUGAGAUGGCGGCGGAGCCCCAGGCGGUGACGGAGGUCGCGAAGAUGGAUCUGUUCGAAGACGACGACGAGUUCGAGGAGUUUGAUAUCAACCAAGAAUGGGAGGACAAAGAGGAAGGCAAGGAAGUGACACAGCAGUGGGAAGACGACUGGGAUGAUGACGAUGUUAACGAUGACUUCUCCCUGCAGCUGAGGAGGGAACUUGAGAACAAUACUGAGAAGAGCUCAGCUUAGUCUGCAGACUACGUCUGAGGUUUUAUUUGGUUUGUGCAUCUUUGCAUUGUUACCUAGUUAGUUUUCGUUGAGAUAGAGUUUCUUGAUAUAUUUCGUUUCAAAACAGUAUCUUCCUGUUAGCAGAUGUAAAACCGUGUUGACCUUUCCAAUGUUCUUUUGUAUUAAAGGCCCAAGAUCUUCUGGUUUGAGCUAA